GCCCCAUCAUUGGUGUCAGUGGGAGGAAUAGUGCCCCAUCAUUGGUGUCAGUGGGAGGAAUCGUGCCCCAUCAUUGGUGUCAGUGGGAGGAAUCGUGCCCCAUCAUUGGUGUCAUGGGGGGAAUCGUUCCCCAUCAUUGGUGUCAGUGGGAGGAAUAGUGCCCCAUCAUUGGUGUCAGUGGGAGGAAUAGUGCCCCAUCAUUGGUAUCAGUGGCAGGAAUAGUGCCCCAUCAUUGGUAUCAGUGGCGGGAAUUGUGCCCCAUCAUUGGUGUCAGUGGGAGGAAUCGUGCCCCAUCAUUGGUGUCAGUGGGAGGAAUAGUGUCCCAACAUUGGUGUUAGUGGGAGGAAUAGUAUCCCAUCAUUGGUGUCAGUGGGGGG